GGCUUGAUGAGGAAGCUGGUUGUCCAUUCUGCAGAAGUUGCCCAUUCUGGCUUGUUUUGCUGCAGAACAAAGGGUGACACCAUCACGUUCAGUGUGGACAUCAAAGCUGCACCGUUGAAGUUCUCAGCUGUUCCUGAAGACAUGAGGACCAAGCAGAUUGAAGCUGGCUGCCCAGUAGUGCUCCAGUGUGUAGUGUCAGACCCUGAUGCCUGUGUUUACUGGUACAAGGAAGAAAUGCAACUCACUUCCAACUCUGGAUUAGAAAUUCUCUCAGAUGGCAAUACAAGGACAUUAAUCAUUCAGUCUGCAGAGCUGCACCACUCUGGUUUGUACAGAUGCACCACACAAGAUGAUGUCAUCGAAUUUCAAGUGGAGAUUAAAGUGCCACCUCCAACAUAUGUGCUUGACCCUGAAGAGAUGACCGAGUCUGUUGAGGAGAGCUUCCCCAUAGUGCAGCAAUUUGAAAUUUCAGACCCCGUUGCCAAAGCCUGUUGGUACAAAGACGGAACACAGAUAUAUCCGAAAAGGAAAGGCGACAGCAUAUCCCAGAGCAGCCAGACAACGCCGCCCCAAUCACAGUGCAUGCCUGGUGAUAGCGGGAUUGACUGGGAAAGGUCUGAUGAAGCACACAUAAAUGAGGACAUAACAGGUGUUGUUUUUCGCUUUACCUACACAUUUAAGAGAUAAGACCUAAUUUCAGACGUGACGCUAUGUCUCAGCUCAUUGUUUUCUCUUUGGCUUUGUCCAAACAGCAGGGCACUGUCACUUCUGUGACGAAAUUGGUGAGGUAGCUGAUGCAUCAGCCCAAUACAGAGUGGAUGUCAAAGGUGAUUUGAUAUUUCAACAUUGGCCAUCUGUGUUAACCCAACACAUACAUGCCACUAACAAUAGUGGUGCAUUCCACCGUUAUCUCAAUCAUCUGCCGAUCUCUAAAGUUGCUUUGUAUCACACUGUCAUCCCUGUUUUGAGGUCCUUUUUUUCUGCUGUUUGGCUUUUAACCAAACAUGAGUGUUUGGUACAUGUUCAGCUGUUGGUCACACUAACAUAAAUGUUGUUUGUCCAUUCAUUCUUCAUUUUAACUGCUUUCCUUGCUUGAAACUUGCAACUCUUAAAGACCAUCUUAAAUCUUUUUCAUCUCCAGAUCCUCUCAUUCACAUUGCUGCCCUGAAAUUAUCCCCGUUGCAAUGACAAUGAACUCUAAGGCGUGCAAUUAGUGUGCUUUAUAGGUUUUAGGGAGCUUCUGCACAGACUGAUGUUGUAACUGUAGUCAUUUUUAAGGGGGACAUAUUGAACUUCACUUUCAGACCAAUCCUGGUCGACCCUCUUGUUUGUCUUUGCAAUGGAGUCUCCCAUAACUUCAUGCUAACCCACACUGCUGUAAAAUUCUGUUGUGAGAAGAAGUAUUGAAACGGCAAACAACUGAAAACCUUUCUCUGUGUACAUCACAAUGCUUAUAGCUGCAUCGCCAAGGCUCUCCUCAGACCAAGAGAGGAACAGGUCCACAACAGAAGAGGCCUAUUCUGUUCAAGAUAUCCAGAUGUCCUCAAAAUGCAAUUCUGGAAUCUUUGCGGCAAAGGAUGGAGAUGCACUUGUUGACCUUACUGGACCUUUUUCAACCCCUUGUUCAGCGUAUGAUUCAAUGACUAACUGCACUGCUGCAGAACUGGAGCUCAGUGGAAACCAACAAAUACUAAAGGCCCAAUCUUUACUUCAAUGUCCGUCUGUAAUAAAAUCUACAAUAGAGCCUGACACACACCGUCUUAUUAACAUGCCCAGGGAGCCACAAGGUGAGGAAUUUGUUUACCCUAAAGGGCUUAGAGACGUCCAAUCUGAGGAACUACAUCAUUCCCCGGAGACAGCUGGACAGACAGAUGAGUGUUGUAGCUGCUUGAGAAACGACUCGGAUGAGUCCACACUCCUAAAACUAACAGCUCAUUCAGAAGAAGCACAAAGUACUUUAAAGAUGCAAUCAGCACAAUCACAGCUUCAACAGACUAAUGCUAGUGUGUCAACACACCAUACUAACAUCUCGGAGGUAUCAGCGUUUCAAGAAAAAAAGCUAAACUCUGAAACACUUCAGUCAAAGGAGCACUUUGACUCUUUAUUGGGAAUUUCUGUCCAGCCAGUGAGGCAAUCUGGAUCCAAUCCAAAUCCUCUAGAUCAUUCCCAAAUUGAAGGUCUAGUUUCAAUGAGCCCGUGUGAAUUGUUGCAGUUUGCAUCUGACCAACCAGAAAACAUAGAUAGACACUUGCAGAAAUCUACUGCCUUCUCUGAAAAACUCUGUGACCAUUCAAAUGUUGCAACUCUUCAACAAAAGGACAAAUCAAAAACAGAAGAAGUAGAUACUUCCCAUGAAGAAUAUAGCAAUGUGUCUCCAUCUAUCAAAGUGGAUGACCUCCAUCACACAAGACAGACACCUUCUAAUCACUCACAGUUGGUGUGUAAGUCACGUCAGGAGGCAACAGUUCAUGCAGAGUGUCAUCACCCGAUGGAGACUGCAAAAGAUCAAGAGGAGAGCAUGGUUAACUGUGCUGAAAGAUCAUCCAAACACUUGGCAGACCUUUUCCACACCAAGGACGUAUCUACUCUCCAGUCAGAGGAGAUUUAUCUAUCAAGGAUGUGUGACAGUCACUGGGGUGACGCUGUCACUGCAAAUAAGGUGGCUGUUGAAGGUGAUUUAAAUGGUUGGCAUUAUCAAACAAAAACAUGGACUGGCACAAUGUUCACAUUUUGUACAAAAAUGAAGAUAUAGCUUUGUGGAGUUUUUGGUGCUUUUCACAUCUAUUUAUGUAGUUUCCCUGCACUAAAACCUCUUUAAUAGUAAAGGAAAAUUGAGAUUGGGUGGUAUGAAAGGAAUAUUAAAGAAAAAAAGAAAAACUUUAUCAGUAUUAUGUCCUAACUUGAAUGCUUAGCUAUCUCCAGCCUAACCAAAUAUUAUUGUUUUAAAGAACUAAUAACCAGGAAAAUAUUUGUUUAAUUUUAAUCUCAGAUUUCA